UAUUCAUAUUAACCGAUAAACGUCAAGGCACAAGGUGUGGUAAAUGUUUUUUAGUUAAAAUUGUUAUUUUAUAUUAAAUUUAAUUAGAAAAGCAUGAUCGGAAGACUUCCAGCUUGUGUUAUUGAUGUUGGAACGGGGUACACUAAGCUCGGCUUUGCCUCAAAUAAGGAGCCUCAAUGUAUAAUUCCGUCAGCAAUUGCUAUUAAAGAGACUGCUAAAGUCGGCGACCAGUCGUCUAGGAGAUUAGCUAAGGGUGUAGAAGAUUUAGACUUUUUUAUAGGUGAUGAAGCUUUUGAUGCAACAGGAUAUGCUAUUAAAUAUCCUGUUAGACAUGGCUUGGUUGAAGAUUGGGAUUUAAUGGAACGUUUCUUGGAACAAUGCAUAUUCAAAUAUUUGAGAGCUGAGCCUGAAGACCAUCAUUUCCUUUUGACUGAACCACCCCUUAAUACUCCAGAGAACCGGGAGUACACGGCGGAAAUUAUGUUUGAAUCAUUUAAUGUGCCAGGACUUUACAUUGCAGUUCAAGCUGUGCUUGCUCUUGCUGCCAGUUGGAUCUCACGCUCACCUAGGACGUUCACCGGCAUCGUGGUGGACAGUGGAGACGGAGUCACUCACGUUAUUCCAGUAGCAGAUGGAUAUGUAAUAGGUAGCUGUAUCAAGCACAUCCCAAUAGCAGGUCGUAAUAUUACCUAUUUUAUCCAGUCACUUUUGAGAGAAAGAGAGGUAGGCAUACCCCCAGAACAGUCCCUCGAAACUGCAAAAGCUAUCAAAGAGAGAUAUUGUUACAUUAGUCCAGACAUAGCAAAAGAAUUCUCUAAAUACGACGAAAAUCCUAGCAAAUGGAUAAAACAGUAUGAAAGUAUUAACUCAAUUACCAGAGAACCCUUCACGGUUGACGUCGGUUAUGAACGGUUCCUGGGACCAGAAAUAUUCUUUCAUCCAGAGUUUGCCAAUCCUGACUUCACCACUCCUCUUUCCCAAAUCGUGGACGAUGUUAUUCAGAAAUGCCCUAUUGAUGUUAGAAGACCCUUGUAUAAUAACAUUGUGCUAUCUGGAGGCUCUACAAUGUUCAAAGAUUUCGGAAGAAGACUGCAGAGAGACAUUAAACGUUCUGUUGAUUUAAGGCUUAAGUUGAGCGAGAGUUUGGGAGGUGGACAAAUUAAGCCAACGCCAAUAGAUGUAAAAGUGGUUUCACAUAAUUUGCAACGAUAUGCUGUUUGGUUUGGAGGAAGUAUGUUGGCAUCUACGCCUGAAUUUUACCAAGUGUGCCACACCAAAGCAUCUUAUGAAGAAUAUGGUCCAAGCAUCUGUAGGCACAACCCAGUAUUUGGUACAAUGACUUAAAAAAGUGUUAUUUUAUGUCGUAUUGUAAUAUAAAAUUCCUCAUACGGUGAAGAAUUACUGUAAGGUUUUAAUUUUAUUUAAUACAUUCAUACAUAUUGCUGUA